AAUAUUCCUAACUCAAUCAAAUCAAUGUUCUUCUACUUUGUCUGCUCUCCUUGAAAAAUCAUCCAUCAACUUUAUUUCUCUAUUAUUAAUCUUUACACAUUUACAUACACAUAUUUAGUUGGUUUUGUUGUGUAUAAUGGCUUCAAGGAGGUUGAUUUGUGUGUUGUUAUUGGUUUUAUGUGUGUCUAAUUUGGUGAGUUGUAAGGAAACUCAUGAGGAAGUUGAGAAGCAGAAUAAAGAAAACUCAGAGUCAUGGACAGGAUGGGCUAAAGAUAAGAUUUCUGAAGGGCUAGGUUUUAAAUCUACUGAUGAUGAUUCAGCUGUGAAACAUGCUUCUGAUUCAACUAUGGAUACUGCAACAAAGGCCAAAGACAAAAUCACUGACACGGCUUCAGUAACACGAAUGAAUGCAGGAACCGGACAAUAUGUAGCAGACAAGGCAGGAGAUCAAAAGAACGCAGCCGAAGAAGCGAAAAACAAAGCAUACGAAACUGCCGAAGCAGCAAAACAAAAAACAGGGGAGAAAGCAGAGGAAGCUCAUACAAAAGCAGGGGAGGAAAAAGAAAAAGCCUAUUCAGACGCUGAAAAGGCAAAACAAAAAGCCGAAGAAGCAUACCACAAAACCAAAGAUCAAGCUGCAGAGAAAAUGAAGGAAACGGGAGAGCAAGCAGCGAAGAAAACAGAAGAAGCGAAGGAAGGAUAUGAAAGCGCGAAGAAUAAAGCAGGGGAGACAUUAGGGAAAGCUAAAGAGAAUAUAGCUUCAAAUUUGGAGAGUGCUAAGGAAACUGCUAAAGAAAAAGCGAGGGAAAUUAAGGAUAAUAUAGCUGGGAAGAAACGAGAUGAGGAGCUGUAGAAAGUUUUGAGUUACGCAUGUUUGUUUGUAUUUUGCAAUAUCAUAGGUUUUGUAUGGUAACAAAAACCUGAUGUUUUGGUUUUUCUUAUUGAUGUCUGGCCAGGUGUUGUAAAAAUGUAUCACUAAUAGAUGAGUCAAUGUUGUAUUAAUGUGUGUUUACUA